AUGUCAGGACUCCCACAGACCAUGAAGGCUCUCCGCUACGACAAACCUUUGUCGUAUGCCGUUGUCGAGGUUCCUCUCCCGGUUGUUCGUGAUAACGAUGUCUUGAUCAAAGUCAAGGCCUGUGGUGUGUGCGGAACCGACUUGCACAUUCACGAAGGAGAAUUCAUUGCGAAGUUCCCACUCAUUCCUGGCCACGAGACUGUCGGUGUCGUUGCUGCUAUUGGAAAGGAUGUCAAGGGAUUCGAGGUUGGCGAGCGUGUUUGCGCAGAUAACUCCGAGCUUUGCAACGAGUGCUUCUACUGCCGCCGUGGACAGCUGUUGCUUUGCGAGAAGUUUGAGGCUCACGGUGUGACCAUGGACGGUGGUUUCGCUGAGUACUGCGCAUACCCUGCUGGAAAGGUCUUCAAGAUCCACAACCUCUCUGACGUUGAUGCCACCCUCCUUGAGCCGGCCUCGUGUGCUGCCCACGGUCUUGAGAAGAUUGCACCAAAGUUCGGUUCCUCAGUCCUUAUGUUCGGUGCUGGUCCCACUGGUCUCUGUCUUGCUCAGCUCCUCCGCCACAACGGUGCUUCCCACGUCGUCGUUGCUGCCCCAGAGGGUCUAAAGAUGGACUUGGCCAAGAAGUUGGACGCUGCCGACGUCUACGUUGAGCUUUCGCGAUCAAACCCAGAGGCCCAGUUUGAGCAGAUCAAGAAGGACAACCCGUACGGAUUCGACAUUGUCGUUGAGGCCACUGGUUCCCCCAAGAUUCUUGAGGAUGCUAUUCACUACGUCCGCCGUGGUGGAAAGCUCGUCGUUUACGGUGUCUACAGUGACUCUGCCCGCGUCUCAUGGCCCCCGAGCAAGAUCUUCGGUGACGAAAUCACCAUCAUUGGAUCCUUCUCUGAGACCUACAUGUUCCCCGCCACCAUCGGAUACCUCGACACUGGAAAAGUCAAGGUUGAGGGUAUUGUGAACAAGACCUACAGACUCGAGCAAUGGGGCGAGUGCUUGGAGGCGAUGAAAAACAAGAGUGCGAUCAAGGCGGCCAUUGUUUUCGACUAA